GGCGUGUGUGAGGAGGCGAGAGGGAAACCCAUGACUUCCGCGUUUUUCCUCCCUGUCUGAAACUAAGCACAGGGUUUUGCCUUUAUAAAGCGCGCCAGCGCCACAUUCACCUCGAGAUCCGCACUGAGCUGUCUGUCGCAAAGAGGACUGUACUGUGGAAGUAAGGCGACGGAGAAUCGGCACAGCCCCCAGUCUUCUCCUUGGACCUGCACGUUUUGUUUGAAUUCUCCGAAGCCUUCAAACUUUCUGGACGUCGCUCAGCUCCCGGUUUAACGAUGAAUACCCAGAACGCAGAGAUGGACGUGGAGUCGCUCCAGAAGCGCCGACGCGGAUGCUUUCUGGACGCUUUUCUCGUCGGCUCCGUCAUGUUCCUGUUUGCAGCAGUGACAACGCUGGCUGUUGUCGGAGUCAUGACCGUGAAGGACGUAGAGUCCAGACUGAAGCCCCCUUCGUGGACCAGCGAGUCCGGGCCGUUGAAGUUGACGGACGUCUCCUCAAGCGCGGUCUUCACGAAUUUUGCCUAUCUGGAAGCCACCACAAGUGGGUUGAAGAACGCUACCAUGCAGUGGGCUGUGCAGCAAACCUCUGUAGGACACAACUUCCAGUAUGACCGCACCAAUCACUGGAUGAUGCCAGUGCAAUCGGGGAACUACUUCAUGUAUGUUAAUCUCAACUUCACCUGCACUCAUAUCUGCCCGUCAGGUGACUUCACCAUACACGUUGGUGAAGGUGUUGUUGAUAAGUUGAGCUGCAAGGUGCACCUACCGAAGCUGCAAGACUCCACGGCAGUGAUCAAGAAAUGCUGGACAGUGAGCAGUGUCGCGUCUAAGCAGAAACUCAUAUCUCACAUGACUGUGCCUAAGGAGGGACUGGACAACUGGAGCCUGGAUAUGGGAUUGGGGAUGUUCCUCGUGGACUAAGCUGACGGCUGCUGUGCCGCUGCCGACAUCAGGAUGCACAUGUACCUGUGACCUGUAAGUCACGACGGAGGAACAACACAAGCUUGCGUCGCAGGUGCUGUCUUCAAAGCUUCAAAACUGCAGCCCAAGACAAGGAAGCACAGUAGGAUCCUACUAAGCUGCAGUAGUGACAAUGCGCUGAUCAUGUGUUAAGGAGCAGACACUCACCCCAUUUUGUGUAAAUAUGUAUGAAUAUAUGUAUAGUAAUGUAAUAAGUGAUAUAUUUAUUUUGUGAUGUUAAACUAUUUAUACUGCUAUUUAUAAAUGUUGUUGCUAUUUUUAUAGAAAUGUAUUUGGUGUAGGUAUCACUACCAGUUGCUGUGCAAUACCCUGCAAUUUUAAUCAGUCUCUGCUGGUUUCAUUGUACAAAUGUCUGGGAACAUAAAGUUGAUUGUACAAAAAAAAAGAUACGUUUGCUCCAAGACGACAACAAGCACCACAGGAACCCUAAUGUUAGCAACAUACUGUAGGUAGGAUAAGACUAUACACUUGAAAUAACCUUUGCAUGAAUAAGGUCCAAUAGAAACGCUCCAUGUGUCAUCGCAUUCUGAGCAGAAAGACUAAAUAUCUGUUUUCUAUGCUUUGAACUGAAACUUGGUUUUAAAAUACAUGUGUCCUGUUGAAAAACUACUCACUGUUAACAACAUUGUAUUCCAGAUUAAACACAAAAUGAAAGAGGA